UUUAGUGGCAGCAGCUACUCCUGCUCUCUGAUAUUUUCGAUAUCAAUUCUUUAAUAUCAUAAGCGAAAGUUGUCUUAAAUGUCUUGAAUGGACUUCCUACAAAUCCUACCGCUGAAUGAGCCAUAUUUUUUAUCCUGACUUUCCCUGCUGGGCGAUGGGCGUAUCCGGUCAUUUUAUUUCCUUCUACGUUUCGUUUUGGACUGAAGGUGUAAUCAGCCAAUGAAGUUUGUGUGGAAUGCCAGAAGAGCAACUGAUGUUUUCCCAUAGAGCUACUGAGCUACUGUCAGACCUCUCUACACCAUAACCAAGCUAUUGUCAGACACUUUUACACCCUAACCAUGCCAUUGUAAGACCCCACUAAGUAUUAAUUCCAAAACACCCCUUCAUCUUAACCAAGCUACUGUCAAACCCCUCUACACUGUAACCAAGCUACUGUAAGACCCAGUUUAUUUCUAUGACCCUACUCUACUGCUAAAAGGGUGUAAUCAGCCGAUGAUGCUUGUGUUGAAAGCCAGAAGAGCAACUGAGGUUUUCCCAUUGAGGCUGGAUUCUUGUUGUUUAUACUGCUACAUCCACAGCACACAGAGGCUAAAAUGGCUGAGGUUUCUCUAAACUAGUGUGACUGCAGCUCUCAAGGGCCAAAUGGUGCAAUGGCAGACAGGUUUUCUAUACUGGUCAACAAUGUGGCUGAUGCCCUAAGCAAAGAGGAGUGUAGGACCCUGCUGUACCUGUGCUCUGACCUCCUUUCAGGGGAAUGUGUGGAGGAUUUUCCACUAGCUCUCCUCACAUUAGCAACAAAUACACAUACAGGCCAGUCACAACCUGAUGCCAACAUCCUCAUGGAACUCUUGUUUCAACUGAAACGCUUUGACAUUCUGAAGAGGGUUCUAGGGACCAGUAAGCAAGAGGUGGAACAAAGGCUAAGAGAUGGUGGUUUUCUUUCAAAAUACAGGGUUCUGAUGAUGGAGCUAGGUGAGAAUCUGGAUGCAGAAGAAUUAAACUCGUUCAUUUUCCUUAUCAGAAGCACUGUGCCGAAAGGCAUACUGGACCGAGCUAAAAGUUUUCUUGAUGUUGUUGUGGAACUGGAGAAGUUGGAUGAAGUGUCAUGUGAGAAUCUUGGGCUUGUUGAAGAAUGUUUGACGAACAUCCGGAGAGUAGACCUGGCUAAAAGGGUCCAGCAGUUCCAGAGAGGUCAACAUGUGCAAGUCUCCCAAAAUCCAGAGCAGAUUGGCACAAAGUCUAGUCUUGGACUAAAUCAUAGCCAACAACAAGGACAUGCUCAAGCAUUUGAAACCCUGAAGACUUCAAUACCUGAAAGUGGAAUGCAGUACAUACAGGGCACUGGGGAUGAUUAUAACAUCAACUGUGAGCUCCGUGGGCUCUGUGUGAUUAUCGACUGUAUUGGCUGUGAUGGAGUGUUGCUGAAGCACACAUUUGAACAGCUUGGUUUUCAAGUGUUUCUGCACACCAUGCUGACUGUGGAAGAAAUGCAUUCAGUGCUGAGGACAGUCAGCCAGCAAAGGGAUCUCCAGUGGGCUGCUGCUUUUAUCUGCUGCCUGUUGAGUCGUAGCUCAGACACCCACCUGCUGGCCACGGACCCCUGUGGCCCGGGCCUGCUGCUCACAGGCCUGUUGCAGCUGUUCAGCCCAGUGCAGUGCCCACUGUUGCGUGGCAAACCCAAGCUCUUCUUCACCCAGAGUUACAUUGUAGCAGGGAACCAGUCAGGUCAAGGGCACAACGACCAGUAUUUGGAAACAGAUGCUAUGCCAAUUGGAGGUGUUCCCAGGCGGACUGCUGAGUGGGAAGAUGUUCUGUGGAGCAUGUGCAAGACAGGGGCGUGGCUACUAGAGAGACAGGACCACCAGUCAUUUUACCUGCAAGCACUAAGCACUGCACUGCUCCAAGCACGCAGCAGGAGGCUUCAUAUAUUGGACGCUCUUACAAAGAUGAACAGAGACGUAUACGAGCAUAACCAGAAGAAUCCAGAUAAAACUUAUAACAUUACACUCAGCCACACACUACGGAAAAGUCUGUACCUGUAAUGAUAAAUAGAUAGAAUGACAGAUAGAACGAUAGAAUGAUAGAAUGUUAGAUAGAUAGAUAGAUAGAUAGAUAGAUAGAUAGAUACAUACAUACAUACAUACAUACAUACAUACAUACUCACUUUAUUGAAUCCAAAGGAAAUGUACCAACUAGUAGCAUAGUACACAACAAUAAAAUAUAGAUAAGAAGCACACCAAAGUAGACACAAAAAAACAGAAUGAUAUGGAAUACCAGGUACCAUCAGGUACCCUAUUCCCCAUAUACAGAGAGUAAAUGCACAGUGUACAGAUUUACAUAUGUGUGCAAAUAGGCGCUAUUGCAAUAGUAGUAUAUAGUCUAGAUAAACUGUGUUCCAGGGCAUUUAACUUCCCAAAUGUCUUUGACAAGCUGUGAGGUAUGCCUCCUAUGAUGGUGUAUUAGGUACAGUACUCAUUUUAUAUGCACAAAAUAGGUAUCUGUACAGUCCUAUAUGUACAGUACUCAUAUACACAUAUACUUACUAUAUGUACAGAUAUUUAUACAGCAGCAGCCAUAUAUAUAUACACACACACACACACACACACCAUGGGGAACUACGAUCAGCUGCCCACGAUCAGGGUAUUCUGACAUGUUUGAGGGAGUUACUUAAUGCUAAAAAGAGAUGCCCCAUAUGUAUUUAUGUUUGACCAUCAUCCUCCCCUCCCAUACACCCCCAAUAGGAAGGGUUAAAGAGCCAGAGAGAUGGCUCUUGUGAAAAAAGAUCUACUAAAUCUACUGGUUGAGCAGCUGUGUGACAGCAUCCUCCUACCGAACUACCGAUCUAUCUAUCUCUCUCUCUCUUAUCCAUGAAGUAGCAGUGCAGAGGAGCUUGUCAUUGUCCAUGAAGUGCACUCCAUGAAGUGCAGUUUACACUUAUGCACUACAGACCCUCUCCUUCUUAAGUUCAAAUAAGCUGAUUUAACUGCUCCCAGCUUGUAUAACACUGCCAGAUUUGUUUGUUUGUUUGCUUCUUAUAAUUUAUUUUGAUAUAUUUAUUUACAUCUUUGAAAGAAUCUUAAGAAUUGAAUUUAAAAUACGGCAUACAGACAUGAAAGAUUUUCUGCAUAAAGAAAAGGUACCUAAGAAAAUAAAUGAGUUAGGCAGUAUUGUAGUUAAAUUUCAUUUUCUGAAAUGGUGAACUUUUGUGUGUAGAUAUAUACAUCUAUUUUUAUGCAAGUCAUAUUUGGCAGCUAAUAUUAAUCAGUGACUAAUUAUCAGCUAUUAAAUAUCUGUUAUGGUGUUUCUAACUUGUAUCUAGUAGUUAUAGCAGUAAGACCAAGUGUCUAUUUUACCUUUUUAUACAUAUUCAAAAUAAAGGUAAACGUGAAGGUA